AAAAAAAACUUUACCACGUAUAUUUUGUGUUGAGGAAAUUAUAUUUUAUUUUUGCAUUUCCUUCAGGCAUUCACAGGCCUCCUUACUAGCGUUUCUGUCAUCAGUCAUCGACAGAGAGGCGUCCAAAAGGCCCAUAACACUAGCAGGCAUGAAACUUGAAGUGAAACCUGCUGAGAAAUUAUAGUUUUACCUGAUCCAGCUUCAUUUAAACAAUUUUUCUGCUCACUCGCCUGGUUCUGUGUGUUUUCCGACCAAAGAACGCCAUGUUUAUUUCUUCGCAAGACUCCCCGGCUGCCUUCAAAGGUUUCACCCUCGUCAUGCCUGCAGUCGCCGUCGGUAACGUGGGUCAGCUGGCCGUUGACCUCAUUGUGUCCACCCUCAACAUGAGCAGAGUGGGCUACUUCCACACAGACUGCCUGAUCCCCAUGGCCGGGAACAACCCCUACGCCAGCAGCAAAGCGGACGCCGAGGAGCUGCACACUCCUGCAGAAGUUUACACAGCAGCAGAGCUGAAACUGGCAGUUCUUCAGAUCAGAGCACCGAUAAUCCAGACGAGGUCUAGGAAGUUUCGUCAGCAGCUCAAGUCCUGGAUCAAAGCCAGCGGUUUCUCCAGGACGGUGGUUCUGUCCAGCAGCCAUGCCUACCAGAGGGACGACCAGCAGCUGCAGGGCAUUUCUUUGAGGUACCUGAUGACGCCGUCCAUGCUGGCUGCGAGCGCGGACGCUCUGAAGGAGCUGGGCUGGAGGGAGAUGGAGCGGAUCCCGGCGUUUCCUGGAGUAGACGCAGACGCAGAGCCGAGACUCUGCAUCCCAGGAGGCGGCAUCACCAAAGGCCUUUACACAGACAGCUGUGCCGAGGAUCUCCCGCUGGCGGUGCUGCUGCUCUUCUGCUCAGAAGGCGACAACAUUCCUGAUGCAUUCGCCCUCGUCAACCACCUCAACGACUGGCUCCAUCUGCUGGACGGCCAGAGCGAACAACCGAACAGCAAGUGGAAGAUUCCAACUUCCUGGAGUUUGCUGUUUGGGAGCGGCAUCCCUCCUGCACUUUUCUAAUUGAGGAUAUUUUAGUUGCAAAAAUGAGCUUAAAUCUUUAAACUUGCAUAAUUCAUCUCUUGAUAUUCCCUGCGCCGUCAUUUCCAAGAGUUUUCGACUCGAGCUCUCCUGCGUCCCUUCCAGUGUUUUCCAAUAAAGUCUUAUCGGACA